CGUGCAGAGGGACGGGGAGACGCGUAGUGCAAAGGAUUGGAGCGAUGGUAUGAUUUGUUUUUUUGCCAUUUAUGAUUUGGCUGUUCCCUUCUCUCUGUUGUGAUUUUGUUUAGCCUUUCCGUUUUGUUUUGCCGCCGUGUUUUCCUAAAUGGCGCAAGGGCUAUGCAUGCGUGUAGGCUCUGUUUUUGGUUUCGCCUGUGGGUGUGUGAUAUAACCGCCGCCGCGGAGGAUUUGGAUAGCCGGUCUAGGAGCGGUUUCGGCGGCACCCCCUUCACCACUGCUACCCCCUCCUCCUCUUCUGCUGCUCGCCUCUAUGUCGAGUGAUGGUCGGCUUGCCUUGCUGCUGGAAGCGCGGCGCUCUCCACGGAUCUUCAACGUCGGUACUUCUUCCUUUAGCAUCAUUUUUUCAUAUUUCGUGGAAACCUUUCACCAUCUAGGGGCCACUUAUGGAAACUGGAGAUCAGAAUUUUAGAAAAAAGGAAAACUAGUGGUUGUUUUCUUUUAAUCAUUUUUAUUUUGCCAUUAUUUUUAUUUUACCCAUUCGUUUUGGCUUGAUUUUGUUGAUCGUAAUCUGUAUCAAUGGCUUAUUCAUUUCCAUAGUCUACUGAUGUGUUUUUAUUAAGCAGAAGUAUGUCAGUCCCUUGGAAAAUUCAUCAUUUGUGUAUUUAUGUAUUCGCUUAAUUAUCUAUUCGUUGCCACCUGAACAUAUUUCCCAUAGAUCUCUUUAUUUUACCCAUCUUCAUCAAAAACAUCCACCUCUGUUAUUUCCUACCCCUGCGUUUUCCUGUUUCUCCUCUGCGUUGGAUAAAUGUAUGUUUAGAAAGAGACAUGCGUCGGCUCAAUCAGUUGGGUUAAAAAAAAACGCUGCCUACAUAGCAUUGCAAUUAAUGUCUUCGUCAUGACUACACACAGUGUGUGCCAGUUACUCACGUAGUUUUACAAAGUGCUUCGUUCUCAGAAGUGUUUCGGAGGGAAAACAUUUAUUAGGGUUUUGUCACUACACUUAACCCCGGUAUAGCUCUAUCGGUAGCCCUUUCCGUCUGAUUUGAGCGCGCUACAUAGCACAGAACACAAGCUAGCCAUUAGCCCCAUGGAGGAUACCACUAGACACGUCCUGAUGUCCUCAUGAAAACGAGAUGUGGAAAUGUCAACUGUCUGCUUUAAUUUGGCAUUUACAAACCUCCCAACAUCACAUUUAGUGGGUGCUGAUUCGUUUAGAUAUAUCACGGGUUUGUUGACAGCAACAGUUGUUUCCUAAGGCUAAUGUAGGCUACAUUGGAACAGGAUACAUUUUUAUUACUAAAACUAAUAAUAGUUUAUUGCAUUUUGGGCCAUGUUGUAGAGAAUAGUAAUGCUUUGCCGCGGAUGUAGAUUUACUUUUGUGAUUCCCAACCGGUUGUACUAGGAAGGAAGAUUUAGUCUUUUCGCUUAAAUUUACCUCAUAAUAAAAAUUUACCUCAUCAUCCCCUUACCAGUCAUCCUGUAUCAUUUCGCAUUCCCCCAAGACACCCUGACUCAUUGUGCGUUCUGUUACCCUCUUGGAGUAAUAAGAAACAAUCAUAAGAAUCCAAACACGUGACACCUUGCCCCUUAUCGGCCCUUCUCCGGUCAAAAAAAAAACACUCAAUUUUUUUUAUUUGCUUUGGUCCCCUUAAAUUUACAAAUAUUUAUUUCCUAUACAUCAAGAGGAAAGGGGGUUCCCCUUUCUUGGAAUGCGGAAACAUGGGUCUUUUUGACCGCGGGGUUCAAAUGCUGCUGACCACGGUCGGCGCGUUCGCGGCCUUCAGUCUCAUGACCAUUGCGGUGGGCACGGACUAUUGGCUCUACUCUCGCGGUGUAUGCAAAGUCAAGAGCAACAACGAAAAUGAGACGAGCAAAAAGAACGAGGAGGUCAUGACACACUCGGGACUGUGGAGGACGUGUUGCCUGGAAGGUAACUUUAAAGGGAUGUGUAAACAGAUAGACCACUUCCCUGAAGACACAGACUACCAAGCAGAUGGUGCAGAGUACUUCCUGCGUGCGGUGCGGGCCUCCAGCAUCUUCCCCAUCCUCAGUGUUAUCAUGCUCUUCAUGGGAGGGCUGUGUAUUGCUGCCAGCGAGUUCUACAAGUCUCGCCACAACAUCAUUCUCAGCGCGGGGAUCUUCUUCGUGUCUGCAGGCCUGAGUAACAUCAUCGGCAUUAUCGUGUACAUAUCAGCCAACGCGGGCGACCCGUCCAAGAGCGACAGCAAGAAGAACAGCUACUCGUACGGCUGGUCCUUCUACUUCGGCGCGCUCUCCUUCAUCAUGGCGGAGAUGGUGGGCGUGCUGGCCGUGCACAUGUUCAUCGACCGGCACCGCGAGCUGCGGCAGGAGGCGGCGCGGAGCCAAGGGGCCGCGGGGCGGAUCGGACGGCGGCCUGGGCCUGGCGGACCGGGCGGGGGCGGCGCCGACUACCUGCAGGGCUCGGCCAUCACGCGCAUCCCCAGCUACCGCUACCGCUACCGCCGGCGCUCGUCCUCGCGCUCCACCGACCCCUCGCACUCGCGCGACAACUCGCCCGUCGGCCUCAAGGGCUUCAGCGCACUGCCCUCCACCGAGAUCUCCAUGUACACACUGAGCCGUGGUGGAGGUGGAGGAGGAGGAGGAGGAGGAGGAGGAGGAGGAGGAGGGGGGGGGGACACCCUGAAGGCGUCCCACGGGACCCCCACCACCACCUACAACUCCGAGAGGGACCACAACUUCCUGCAGGUCCACAACUGCGUCUCCAAGGACCUGAAGGACUCGGGCCACGGCAACGCGGCCAACCGCCGCACCACCCCCGUAUGAGCCCCGCCCCCCUCCUCUCUCACUCACGACGACAUCCCACGACCCUCUUCCAGAAGAGCCUCCCGCAUAUACAAACCCUUCCACUCACUCACACACACACAUAUACAUACAUGCCCUCAGCCAGGAGGAAGGAGAUAGAAAUAAGGAAGGAAAGGAGGGAAGAGACAUAAAGACAGAGUGGGAGAAUACGAGGUUGAAAGCAAACGUAGAUGAUGUGUUGAUAGCUUCCAUGAGUCCCCGAGUUCGGGGAGGCGCAAGAGUUGCAGUGAUUAAAUCAUAAUCAUUCAGAAAAAAAAAGGCACUACCGUCUCUGCCCAACAUUGAUGAGCUCAGUGUGUGAAGUGGUGGAAAGAGAUAGCCAGGCGAGGAGAGGGCUUGCUGACUAAAUAAGGAGGAUAGGCCAUGCGUGUGGCGAGUUUUGAAAAAUAUAAAAAAAAACAAAAAUAUUUAGAUUUUUGUUUUUGUUUUUAAACUCGUCGCCAUCUGCUGCUUAGGUGUGGGAGGGAUCUCUGUUCGUCCUCCCCACCUUUAACCUCCAAUCAUCUCACUCCAUUUGAUGACAUCCGUGUAUUUUAUUCUUUUAUACAUGGUUUAAAGGUAUUGGCAUUAAAUACUGUGCCCAGCUUAUACCAAGUUUUGUCGAAACAAAAAAGAUCCAUUAUGAACUGAUUAUAUAUGGCUAUAUAAAUAUAUAGAUGUGAAUAAAUUCAACCACAGGCCCUCCCUGAUGUAAAACUUUAGGGAAAAGGAAGACAUUUUUGGAAGAAACAAACAAAAUAAACUAAUCAAAACUUAAUAAAGUUGCCAUGGAAACCAAAAGAGCAAAGGCAGAAGGGUGUCAUUGUGACUCAGCUUCUUUUUUUUUUUUUUUCUUCGGUGACUGGACGAAGGAGGAAGACGCCAGCUGUGGUCACCUGAACGACUUUUUAAAAAGUAUCCCUUGUCUUGCUCUUUACAGGAUCCGUCUGCCCUUUGACUUGUUAUUAGUUUGGUUUCAUUUUGUUUUGUUUCGGUUCGGUUCUGUUCUGGAGGCCUUGCCCUUUUUCUCUCUUCAACAGAAACAACGAGCGCUGUCUAGUGGCUUCCACGGAGUCGCACAACGACUGGUCAGCAGUAGAACCCUGAACUACCAUCUAACACUGAGAGAGGAUGGAGGGGAUUGACGGGUCGGCAGCUGAAGGGUUUGGGAUCAGGUCAAAGGUCAAGGACGAGAGAGCUAGUCAGACAGACGACAACAGAUCAACCUGCAAGAGGAUAAAAACUGUAAAUGGGCAAAGAGAUCCCACAUGAAUGACUUCCAGAUAAAGAAAUUUACGUGCAUGCUCAAAAAAAAAAAAACAAUGAAAUGAAAAAAUGUACAACCAACCUGCUGUUUGGAAAUGUACAUUUUGAAAAGCGAUAAUUAUAGAUGAUGAAGUGGGUGGGGGGGGAUUCAGAGAGAGAGAGAGAGAGAGAACACAAAAGGUGGGAAAAUGUCCCUGUGCUGUGUGUUUUUUUUCUUUGUCAUUUUGUAUUUUAAUUUUUCAAGGGGAUGAUUUGAUGUUAAUGGGGCUUUAUUUUAUGCUUGGGGUGGGGGUGAUGAUCAAUCUUAACAAACGAACAAACAAAGGCCUUUUUUAACAGAAACAAAAAGAAAAAGAGAACAACGUCCUUUUCUUUGUAAAUGUACUUCUGUGUUUCAUUUUUGGACGUCACACUCAGCCUUAUUCCUCUUUUUCAUCGUCGUUUGUUUUUCGUUACAUUGUGUUGUUUCAAUGAGGUUCACAAAUGAAAAACAAUGGGAAAAAAAAGCUAUGCCAUCUUCUUCAAAAAGGUGCCAAAAUUGAAUGAUCCUAAACUUGGAUGCAUUACGCCCCAAUGUU